AAAAUGUGUCCCUAUCCUACAAAUUUCAUAUUAGUUAUUUUGUGUUUACUUAAAAGUCACCAUUUAGAGGGAUAUAUUCACGAAAAACCAUUUCUUACCAAAAAAAAAAAAACAAAUUGUCAGCGCAGCACCCGGUUCAGUUCCAAAUUUGUAUGACGACUUCCUUAGUUUUUCUUAAAAAAACUGUUUUGUUCAAGGUGCAUUUUAUAUUUUUAGGGAGUCUCGUCCCUUCCCAAAGAGUUUAUUUUUGUCCAUUUUUCGUAAGGACUAUUAAAAUCCUUAAACUUUUCCAUAUUGUUCCAUCCCAAGGAACCAUAUAGAGAGAGACUUUAAAAAAGAAAGAUUAUUAUUCCACCACUGCCUCUGCCUGGCUCCACUGAUUCCAGUGUACAUUAUUUGUUUCUCGUCGUCGUUUUCAUCGUCAUUCUUAUUGUUUUUUAAUUUUAUCUCCUUCUCUAUCCCACUGACACCUUGUUGUUGUAUACGUCGAUAUGGUUAUUUAUUUUUGUUUCGGAGCAGAGUAUGAAAAGUGCAUUUUAGCUAAAAAUAUAGUUAGUAUAAAGUAUAGAGUAUGUGCUGAAGCUGAUGUGCUCCUUGCUGGUGAUUUUGCUUUUGCUGCUGCUGCCAUUGCUGUUCGCCUUCGCUGGCCGAUGAUGAUGACGAUGAUGAUAAUGAUGAUGAUGAAGAAGAAGAAAUCUAUGUUACAAUGUUAAGGCAUAAAUCAAUAGGUCGCUGUUGGUUUUGGUUUUGGAUUUGGUGCUGUGCUGCUAUUGCCAAUUUCCAGAUUGCCACUGCUACUUGCUUUGCCACUACUACUACUACUACUGCUGCUGCUGUUGUUGUUUCGUCGCUGUCGUUGUCGUCGUGGUUGACGUUGUCUUCUGCUCCUCCUCAUAAUAAAAGUGCCGAAAAGAACACAAAUUUGCUCUAAAAAAUAUUGGAAAAUAAACAAAUUUUGAAGUGAAAACAUACAAUUUAAUGUCCACUCAGCAAAUUGCUGAAGUUAUCGUAUCCAAAUCGGUUGGUGGUGAACCGUAGUGCUAUGAUUAAUAACCCGCUGGUGCUUUUUCUUCUUCCGCAAAAAGAGAACAUAAUCGCCAUCACCAUGGCACAACGUUUCAACAUAAAACACAAUAACAACAAUGCAUCGAUCCUUAAAACCACACCCACAAGCUAAGAAGGUUGCACCGCCAGCUAUACCAUCGGAUCUUUAUCAAACCACGUCGCUAUUUACAAAGCCCGAGGAUAGUGGUAUGGUGUCAUCGCCAUCCAUAGAAGAGGGUGGCUUUAAUUUACCCAGAGAAAGCUCUGCAGCUAUAAGGAUUAAAGAUGAACUAAACGAAUACGGAAUGGCAAAUCUAUCAAAAAAUCCAAACACACUUGCCGGUACAGGCACAUAUGCUAAUGUGCCGGUCUUUUGUGCAACAAUGCGUGAACCACUUACCCAUAAGGCUGCUGUUUAUUAUCAUCAGCAAUUGGCAUUGCAAGAAGAUCAAGGCAUUGACCUAACACAAUCACCGGGCCGUGAUAGUCCCGGUUCAUCGUCUGGUUCAGCUGGUUCUGGAUCUAGACAUUCGACUGCUAGCUUAGAUUCAGGGCGAGCAUCAUCAUAUUUGACUGGUGGUGGUGCUUCUAUACGAGGUGGUGGCGGACCAUUGUCUAGUCCACGAUGUAGUAGCGUUAGUUCAUGUUCGAUUGGUAGUGUCGAUCGGCAGCGUAAUGAUGAACUAAUUGCUGAUUGGUUGUUGGAAAUGAAAUAUGAAGAAUAUGCGCAGCUAUUUAUUGCUGCUGGUUAUGAUUUGCCAACAAUUGCACGAAUGACACCAGAAGACUUAACAGCUAUAGGAAUUAAAAAUCCACACCACCGAGAGCGUAUUAAGCAGCGAAUUGAUAAAUUACAGGUGUUGGAUAAUUUGCCACAUUUUGUACCGGGCUCUAUUGAAGAAUGGCUGCAGCUUCUACGCCUGGAAGAAUAUAUUCAACCGCUCCUCGAUCAAAAUUAUAAAACCGUUCGCGAUGUAACACAACUUACAUGGGAAGAUCUCGAAGAUAUUGGAAUUGUGAAACUCGGACACCAGAAGAAAAUUUUACUUGCCAUUAAACGUGUGAAGGACAUUAUCAGUGGAAAAUGGAAUCCUGGUGGAUCAAUAUAUCAACAACAGGAAUAUCGUAAAGUUUGGCAAGCUCCUUCACAAUUGCCAUCACCAACUAUGGUACCAACAGCAAGAGUCUCAUGGGAUGAUUCCAAAAGUUAUGGUAUAAGCGACCCCUAUUUCACAUGCACAGGAAGUAAUCACGAGUGUAAUGAUGUGGUAUUGAUUAAGGUACGUCAACCACGUGGCAAGAGCUUGGAAUCUCUAGAAGACAUUCACGAUAACAGUACCAGAAGCCAUUUGACUUUUAGUCACUAUACCACCACUGAUUAUGGGCACUUUACUCCACCUCAAGGAACCAGGGUACUUAGUAAUCCCCCUGGAAACAUGUCAUGGCGCCGUUCGUAUGACGAUGGCGACAUAACACCAACCAAUGAGGCAGCCAGAGAGCUUAUGUAUGAAGAGGGCGGUGGAACAUUGCCCCGCCAACGUGGAAAUGCCGCCGAUCGUUGUAAAGUACUGACUAGAGCCGUACUUCAGAAUAUGCCUGUAGAUGCACAGCAUCAUUAUAUGAAUACACCAGUAGAAUAUGCAGUUUGUCCAGAUAAUUCCAGUUUGAAUUCUCCCUAUCUUACUGGAAGUCCAAUGGCAAAUAAAAAAAUUGCUCCCGAACCUCCACGUCGUCAUUGUAGUAUACGAAAUCCAAGAACUUUAAGUUCACAAGAGCAACAAGCAGCAGCUGUAGCUGCGGCCGCUGCUGCUGCUGCUGCAGCACAAAUCAAUCCAUAUGCAACUUAUGCAACUGGAGCACCAACUUCUUACAUUCCUUCGAAUAUGCAGCAGCAGCAACCACCACCACAGCCGAUUUAUGCAAACUAUGCCACUAUACAGCAAACAACUGCGGAGAUACACUGUGAAAAAUUGCACGACAAUAAGUCAACAUCAAGCAUCGAUUCCAUCGACACUAUUCCUUUUGCUAAUGAAAAUACCGGAACCAUUAAGCAAAGACUACUUAACCGACAAGACUUGCCGCCCCAACAGCAUCUCUCAUCGUCCUCAUCAUCAUCAUCGUCGUCGACCAACACAAUCGCCAAUAUCGCACACUCUUUCCAUUCGUUAAAAUCAUCAUCAUCGCUGCAUGAUGCCACUCUCAUUCGCAGCGAUAGCACAGGCUCUGGCGCCGGCGGGACCCUUCUCUAUGAUGGGGCGUCAGUUGAUCCCACCUUAGGUGGAGGAUCGGCGACAUCGAGUGUUGUCCAUCUUCGAUCGCCAACACUGACUUAUCCUCCAGUUGGCAAUGGCAGCAGUGUCUCUAUUGGUGCUAUACCAGACUGUUCCGAAAUGAGUUCCUCUGCGGGUGGUAGCAAUUCUGUUGUAUACGCUACUGACCUUGUUGCAGCUGAAGCUGGUGUUGGAGUCGGCAUUGGAGUCGGCGGCGGAGGCGGCGUACAAGCAGCGAAAACCGUAUCGGCGAACGUCCUCAACGAUAUCGGUAAUAUGUUAGCUAAUUUAACCGACGAACUAGAUGCCAUGUUAGAGGAGGAAAAACGAGUGGGAUUGAAUAUUGAUAGUGAAUGAGCAAAAUCAACUUAACUUCUUUAUUUUUCUUUAGUUUUGCAUUAAGUAUGUUUCUAAUUUUAAAUUUAUUUUUUUGUUUAAAAUUUACGUAGAUUUUAGGUUUUAUUUUUAGUUAAUUUUUUAUUGUUUUUAGUAAACAAGACAAGGAGAGUAAGAAAAUAAAAAUUUUAUAAAAAUUAAAGAAAACAAAACAAAAAAAUAAAAUAAAAA